AUGGCGGCAACGAACGGGCAGGAGGUCAAUGGUAGCACAAGCGGCGUCCGCAAGAAUGACUUUUCAGCUCCCCAGGGAAAUAACAAUAUAUCUGACCAGGAGAAUGGUUAUUUGACAAGUUAUCAGACGGCUUCAAGCGUCGUGAUUCCGAGGGAAGUCUUCGAGUCGAUGUACCUUACUCCCUACACACAAAGGCUCGGACAUUUGCGCAGCACGUUUGGUAACCCUACUCCCAUGCCACUUAUGGGAUUCUUGAUUGCAUCUAUGCCAUUGGGAUGUAAUCUAAUGGGCUGGCGAGGCUCCGGAGGUGACGGCGCUGCCAUCAUAGGGCUUUUCUUUUUCUUUGGUGGUAUGCUCCAAGUUCUUGGAAGUGUCUUAGAAUGGAUCCUUGGCAACACAUUUCCGUUUGUGGUCUUCGCUUGCUACGGGGCCUUUUGGCUGGCAAUGGGAGUCACACUCACCCCCACGUAUGAGGCUCAAUCUUACUUCACAAAGGCUGGUGACACAGCGCAGUUUUACUCAAGCUUUUCAUUUUUCUGGAUGGUCAUGGCCCUUGUGACCUUCUUCUUCUUGAUAGCUUCUCUACGGACUAAUCUCGUAUUUGUCCUGGUUUUCGUCUUCAUCGAUCUUGCAUUUAUCUUGCUCAUGGCAACGUACUGGUCACUUGCUGAGGGCAAGACCGCAACUGCUGGAAAAUUACAUCAGGCUGCAGGAGCAUUCAUAUUCGUCUUUUGUGUCUUUGGUUGGUAUUUGUUCUUGGGAAUGAUCUUGUCAGCGGUAGACUUUCCAUUCAGUCUUCCCACCGGAGACUUGAGUACCAAGUUUAAGGGAGCUUCAGAACGGAAAAAGGAUGCAACGAGCGAAAAAUGA